GAUCAUUUAUCUGAACAUAAAUUCUAUUUCGGUCUUCUCAAAGUUCUCAUACUUGCUUCCUUGUGUCUGUGCUGAAAGUACAGAAGGAUCUGUAAAGUCUGCUUGCUCUUUUACUGAGUUCUUCAAAGGAUUCUUUAAAGCACAAAAGAAAAGAUUGAAUGCUAUAGAUUAACAUCAGACUGGUGAGCCCAGUGAAAGUAGAAGCAAUUUUGAACAUUUGAUACCUGUGUCCAGUCUUCAUCACUACUUCAGUAACAAUGAGUUUCACAGCACAAGAUGGAGUUUCAAGACGUGAUCAGCUCUUGGCUCAGCAAAGAAUGCACAGCAUGAUCAACCCAGUGGAUGUGAAAUCAGAAAUUCCUCUUGGAUUAGAACAAGUCAGACCAUUAGAUUUGAGAACUGAUGUCAGGAUGAUGGUACCCAUGAUGGAUCCCUUGAUGCAGGAAAAGCAGUUGCAACAUGAAUUAAUCCUGAUUCAACAUCAGCAGCAGAUUCAGAAACAGCUUUUGAUAGCAGAAUUUCAGAAACAGCAUGAGAACCUGACACGACAGCACCAAGCACAGAUCCAAGAGCACAUAAAGUUACAAAAGGAACUCUUAGCCAUUAAGCAUCAACAAGACAUUCUUGAAAAAGAACAGAAACUUGAACAACAGAGGCAAGAACAGGAAUUGGAGAGACAUCACAGGGAGCAAUGUCCGCCAAUCAAAAGCCGAGAAAGAAGCCGAGAAAGAGCAGUGGCCAGUACUGAAGUGAAGCAGAAACUUCAAGAGUUCCUGCUGAGUAAAUCAGCGGCAAAAGACUCACUAUCUAAUGAAAAGAAUCAUUCCACUAGCCGGCGCCCCAAGCUCUGGCACAUGGCUUCCCAUCAUACCUCACUGGAUCAAGCUUCUCCUCCCCUUUGUGGGACGUCUUCAUAUAAAUACACAUUGCCGGGGGCACAAGAUGCCAAGGAUGACUUCCCACUCCGCAAAACUGGUUAUGUGGAGAGUCAAGGAGAUCACCUUGAGGAAAAGGUAGUGUUUGGAAGAGAUUCAGCCUCUGAACCCAAUUUGAAAGUUCGCUCCAAGUUAAAACAAAAAGUAACAGAAAGAAGAAGCAGCCCUUUACUCAGAAGGAAGGAUGGAACAAUGGUCUGCUCAUUGAAGAAAAGAUUAACAGAAUCAUCAGUUGGUAGCAGUUCUCCAGGAUCAGGCCCAAGUUCACCAUGUAAUUGUCCUACAAGAAAUACAGAGAAUGAAACAUCAGUAUUGCCUUUGAAUUCUUCAGCCGAGGUUCCACAACACUGCAUUCUCAUCAAUGAAGAAUCAAUGAACCUUUUGAAUCUCUAUGCAUCUCCUUCUUUACCUAACAUCACUUUGGGACUUCCGGCAGUACAACCACCACUCACAGUAUCAUCACCAUUUGCAGAAAAGCAAAAUAAUGAGAUGCAGUCAAUCAAGCAAGGAGUAGCCAUAUCUAGUCAGCCCAGGGGGACUAUCAGUUCACUUUCAAGUCCUCCGCCCAUUGUUCCCAUUGUUCCCAUUGUUCCAGAGGGGAGGCCAAACUAUAGCCAUCAGGCUAUCUUGCAACAUUUGCUAUUGAAGGAGAAAAUGAGGCAGCAAAAACUUCUACCCACAGGUACAGGGCCUUUUCAUCCACCGUCACCAUUGGCAACCACUGAAAGUGUCUCACCUGGCCUAAGAGCUGCACAUAAAUUACCUAGACACAGGCCACUAAACAGAACCCAGUCUGCUCCCCUCCCCCAGAGCACCUUGGCUCAACUUGUCAUUCAACAACAGCAUCAGCAGUUUCUGGAGAAGCAGAAACAGUACCAGCAGCAAAUUCACAUGAACAAAAUGCUUUCUAAGUCCAUAGAACAAUUAAAACAACCUGGCAGUUUGGAAGAAGCUGAAGAAGAACUUCAAGGAGAGCAUUUGAUGCAGGAAGAAGGAGCUGCCUCUGUUGGUGUCAGCAUUAGGGAUGACAGCAGUGGCAUUUCUUUGCAGAACUUGGGAAAACCUUUUGGAGCUGUGAAGGUGAAAGAGGAACCAAAGGACAGUGAUGAUGGUAUUCAAAAUCAGCAAAUGGAAUCUGGGGAGCGGUCUGCUUUUAUGCAACAGGUAACAGGCACAGAUUUAGCUCCAGAUUGUAUCAUUAAAGUGAUUGUUUGAGUACAAUGAUGUUAACAUUUUAAAUGUUAACAUCAUUGUUAACAUUUUAAAAUUCCUGAAAAGAGAAUGUUUAUUGUUUUUUCCAUCCUCAGAAUCCCAAAGAGUUAUGCAAUUUAACAUCAGCAUAAUAAAGAACAUAUAUGUGCCCAUACUUUAAGUAUAGUGAAAAGGUGCUUGUUAAUUAAAGAAUUCUUGCUGUUGUAUAUACACCUUUUAGUAAUUAGUAGAAGUCAUAUUAAUUACAGUGGAUUCUGCCUUAUUAGAUCUAGCAGAAAGAAACUCAUUGUUGUAUAAAUUUUCUGUGGAGAUCAACUACUGACCAAACCUGAGAUUUGUGCUUUUUAUAUUCAUUCUUGCCUUUCUCUAAGCCUUUUUUGAUAUUGCCUAAUGUACAAUUUAUUCAUUUUGUAUAUGCACACUAGUAGCCCUACAUACUGUUAAAGGGAGAGAAAUCUUUCAUUUGUUACACAGAUACUGGUCCAAAUACCAGUGAUCUGAGCUUUGUAUAUAAUAUGAGGGAACCAAUGUAGAAAACUAAUACAAAAAACUGAAUGUAUUUUUUAAAAUGAAUUUUCUUCCUCUCCAUUUUCAUUAAGUUUAUGUGAUUUUUUUUUAAAAGUA